CUGCUUCAGACCGAUUAGAAUUUCUGACAAUACAAUCUGACUUUUUACAAUUUUCACGCCAGAUUUUUAUUGUACUUAUUGCAUUUUCUAUGUUUAAAAAUCGGACUGCACAAGAUUUUAAUAAACAAAGUGUGAGAAUAUGUAAUAUUCGUGAGAUCUGAACGUUUGUAAACAUUUAUUGAAUAUUAAGAACAUUAAUUAGGUAGUUUGAUUUCACCAGGGUCAUGUGUUUCUACGAUUUUUUGGAACAUGUAAAUACCUCCGCAUACUUUUGUUAAGAAAAAACAAUUAUUUUUCAUCAUGGAAGCUCAAAAAAAGAUCCUGAGGGGUCUUGUAACUGCUACCCCGACAGCUAUAACCGUCCAGCAGCUAGCCAUAGAAUACAGAAAUACCAUAGGUGAACCUAUUCCUUAUCAAAAAUUUGGAUAUAAUUCAUUGGAACAUUUCUUUCGCUCUAUUCCGGACACUAUACAAAUUCAGGGCUACGGACCAUUUGCUCUUGUGAAUCCAGUUGUUUCUAAUAAAUCUUCUCACGUUAUGGCAUUAGUAUCUAAGCAAAAAAUUGAAGUGAAAAGGGGUAGACAUAGGAUGCCCCUAAUGAGAAGGCAUGUAGUUGUAACUACAGAUUUUUUAAAAAAUUCAAUACCUAAUCCCAGACCUCAACCACAGAAAAUGUACUAUCCACCUGCAAAUACAAAAACUAUGACCUCUUCCCAGACUACCACUAUUUCAAAUAUAAAAAACUCAUCUUCUGAUUCUCAAGUUGUUUCUGACAGCUCAUGUCCCUUAUCUGGCAAUUCUGUAGAAAAUAAAAGGCCUACAAGCUUUGUUUCAAGUAAAAAUGCUGUCGUUGAAAAGCCUCCUGUUAGUUAUAAAUCUAAUAACGCCGAUCAUAAGGUAAAACAAUUUACUGCUACGAAACUACGUAAUAGUCAUUCAUCUUCAAAAUUACCAGAGAAGGAUUAUGAUUGUAUUCCUAGCAGAAGGAACAAUAUUUUUGACAAGCAGACUAAUUCUAGCAUUACUACUGAAUCAAAUAAUAAUAUUCCAAUGGAAGAUUCAGAAGAAUCUGUGCCAGUUAGUGUUAAGAAUAAUCUCAAAAAUUUGAUUGGCCAAUAUCCAGAUGGGAUAUGGUGUGCUGAUGUUCCAGGUGUAUACAGAAAAAUGUUCAAAAGAGAACUGAAAUAUCAAGAUCUAGGUUUCCGGAACCUAAUUGACCUCUGUAUGUAUCUAAAAUCGACUUUUCACUAUGUAAGACCGUCAAAUGAGGAUUUCAAAUUGUUUGAUAGAAGCAAACCCAUUCCGGCUAGUGCCGAAAAAUAUUUCACCGCAGCAAGUUUCAGUAGUAAAAGCAACUUGUUACAAGAAACUGUUGACGCGCUACCUAGUUUAAAUUGGUCUGAUAUGGAAUCAUUUCUCCCGCCUAAUGUGUUUAAACCUGGGAAUGAGAUUCCUAGAACAUUUGUACCUGAUGAUACAAAGGAAAAUGACACUAUAGACAUAGUGGUUGGAGAAAUAUUUGAUGUAUCUAAGUUUUGGGUGUAUAAAGACGAUGGAAAGCUAGAUAAACUAAUGGAUGACAUACAAGUAUUUUACAAAGAAAACGAAAAUGAAUAUAAGAUGCCUCAAGAUCUCAUAAGAGAGGGAAUGUAUUGUGUUGCGAUCAUUAUUGGAGAGUACCAUAGAGCUCUUAUUAUAGAUUCUACAUCUCUAACUGAUGAUUCAACUAGGGUGUUUUUUAUUGAUUACGGUACAAUGGCAAAAGUUAAAUCUCAACUCUAUUUCCUUCAUGAACAGUUUGCCCAAUUGCCUGCACAGACUAUCAGAUGCAGGUUAGCUAAUAUCUGCCCACCUGUAAAGGGUGCACCGUGGAGUCAAGAGUCCUCCAAAGAAUUUAGACGAAUAAUAAAGAAAAGAGAUUUGACUGCUAAAAUAAGCAGAGUUGAUUGGAAGGAUCAGUACUUGGAAGUGUUCUUAGCAGACGUCACAGAAAGUCAAAAUGUAUUUUAUAUCAACAAUGUCCUGGUUGAAAAAGGGUUUGCUAUCUUUCCUGACCAAGAACAGGAGAAUAGUAUAAUAGAUGCACUAAGCACUCCCAUAGUAAAUCUAAUUCACUUAUUCCCCACAUUUGUGGAACUAGAGCAUGGAUUAGCACCUUCGACAUUGGAAAUGGAGAUCUAUCAUAAAUGCAAUACUCCUAUUAACUUUUGCUAUCCCCAAUACUUCAAUGUCGAUCUUUUUGAAGAAGAAAAUAUUGUUAAGCACUAUACGGAAUUUUGGGAAACUAAUAUACUGAAGGGGUUAAGAAAAAUGUUGCAUCAUCACCAUAACAUCGAUUCUGGGAAAAUUAAAGAUAAACCGUUUAAUUUUCCCUUGUUUGGUAUGUUGGAGGAAGAAAUGCGGGAAUAUUUAGGCGAUGAGCUAAGUGAAAAGCAUGAAGAACAAAGCAAUUAUGAGGAAGAACAAAACAAUCAUGAUGAAAAACGUGAUAAAAUUAUUAAUAAAAUUGAAAAAUGGAAUGAAACCGUGAACGAACUAAGAGAGGACUGUCGUCUUUCCGAAGACAUUAUGAAUGACUUACUAAACAUAUGCGACUUAAAUUCUAAGACUGACUCUGAACAAAACGAUGACUUCCUAAAUAGAAACUUAUCACACUCAUCAGCAGAAAGUAGCUAUAUACCCGAAAAUGGAGAUGGAGAAAGUGUUAAUUGUAAUGAUGAAUUUGAAGGGUACGAAGGAUCUUUCAGUAAACAUCCACUUCAAGAUCUUUCAUUUUCUAGGAGUAAUAGUAGUUGUAACAGUGCUGAAUAUUCAGAGAGUGACAAAUAUUCACAUCUCUUUAAUGAUUCAGCUAAAUCCGAUGUAUGUUUUAACGAAGAUAGAGAAGAGUUGUUAAUCGACGAUCAGGUGGUUAAUGAAAAGGUUGUUAGCUCAGAAACAAAGAUUUUCAAUCCAAACAAUCCAUUCUUGCAAAAUUUAGAUGAUGAAGUGCCGAAAGGAGAUAUCUUAGGAUGUGGAAUAUUGGCACCAUCCAACCCUUUCCUAAGCUACAUACCAAAAGAAGACAACUCUGAUCAAAAAUCUGAUUCUACUAACUCAACCGAAUACGGAACAAGCGUACAAGAAGUAAAAGUCGCCAAAUCAUGGUCAACUGAGUAUUAUUCUGGAUCAGACAUGAGCAUGUCUCUAGUAUCUGAUUCUGUAGAUUCUACACCAAAUACCAACAAUUUUAACUAUUCAGAACCUGUGUGUACCGAUAGUGAUAAAUUUCCCGCAACGUCUCGCACAGCAGUAAUGAACAGUAUUCAAUUUUCACACGCCAUUAAUAAGCCCGUAUUAACCAAUAGUGUACAUGUAGAACAACACAGUGUAAGAAGUGACAUUAGUGAUGUAAGACCGGGUCUUGAUAUUUCGAGACCCGAAUUCUACCCCCAGAACUAUUUUUACUCCCCACAGUUUUAUAAUUAUAAUAAUUACCCCCCUAUGUAUCCCCAAUCUUUCCCACACGCAUCAUUAGCUAACCCUUAUUAUAAUAUGGCGCAUCAGCAAGUCUAUACGAGAUCGAGUUAUAACGUUAUGCAAUCGAAUAUUCCUUCUCAGGCUUUACGGAAGCCUAUCGGCCCGCCGCCCGGUUUCGGACCUAAUCCUCAACAGAGUAACGGUCAGUGUAGUGACUUUUAUGAAGCAUAUAAUCAAAUACUUAAGCAGAAGUUUAAUCAUUAGGUUAGAUUUUUAAUUGCAUAUUUGUUUUCAUUUGAUCAUAAUUGGUUGCUCAAAUUGGAAGUGAUUUCAUUCAUCUGUUUGCGUUGGAAACAUGUUUAUUUGAGAAAAAUGAAAUUAUGUGUCUAUAAAAAUGAAGUCCGGUUAAAAAACUACAUGCAUAUUAUCCCACCCAAGCCAUAAUUAUUUCUGUUUUUACCAAGUAUUCAAUUUUUUAUACACUCGUUAACAAAAAGUAUUACAUAGUGGAUUGUGACUAAAAGUUUUAUUAUUAUUUCCUAAUUCUUUUUAGAAAUGGCAAGUAAUGAAACUUUGCAAUGUUUAAAAGUGGUUUAUUUGAUUAAGGGUCAGUCUUUUCACCUCUGAGUAAAGUAAUCAGCAAGUAACUACUUGCUGAUUAAACUAUAGGGCUAUUGUUUGUUAAUCUGUCAAGUUAACAUAUAUGUAACUUCACUCAGAUGUGAAAAGAUCGGCCCUAAAAUUAAAAAUUGGAAAAUAACAGGAAAAAAUAAAAAUAAUUUUACAAAAAUUAAAAAAUAAAUAUCACUAAAGAUAAUUUUUACAUUUUAGUAUCUGGUAUUGACACCUCUAGUUCAAAUGACAUCUCUUAUUCUCCUUGGAAAGAUUCUUAAGAGCCCUUAUGUAGGGAAAAGGUGGGUAAGUUGGCGUACUUUGAGAAAAUUAAAAUAUUUUUUUUGCAAACUUAUUAUUAGGUUUACUCAUUUUGUAACUGAUUAAAUAUUUUUUAUUUAAUUCAUGUUUUUUAAAAAAAUUUGGAGAUAUAAAUUUAAAACGUGUUCAAUUCAUUAUCUUACCCGCAUGUGUAGUCAAGUUGAUGAACUAAUGUGGGUAAGACGGCGAGAUACCUCUACAAAAAGAAUAAAAACAAUAUUAUAAAAGAAAUAAAGUUUAAUAAUCCAAAUGCAACUAAAUGGUACAUCGACAAUAAGACCACAUCUUAAAUUUAGAUUAUUUUAAGCUGAAUUCGAUACAGUUUAAACACUAAAAUCAAAAUGCAAUGUCUUUGGCUAUGUCCCACAUAUUAAGUAAGUUUUGACAUCUUUUUCUGGAUCCAUAUCAUUAUCUGUAUCAACAUAAGUUAUUUUGCUUUACUUUCAUAUCUUAUUAACUUUAUUUUCUUUUGUAUUUUUUAAUCCUUUAUCUGAGAAUUAAAUAGUUUUAUUCCUGUGGCUUUAAAUCCACUAAUAGCAUUUGAUACAGUGGCCACUUUUAAAUAAGCUUGACCAAAUAGUUAAGCAAUGUCAAAUAGAGUGGAAACUCGUCCAGGUUUGCUGUUUAAAAAGUCUUCGCAUGCUCUACUGUAUGUUUUUUGGGGUCCAUAUAAUGACACAUCAAUUAGCUGUAUAUGGUGACUUGUAUGUGCAGUAAAUCCAAGUAAAAUUAUAUUUUUUUGACGGCAUAGAUUGAUUGGUUGUAAUGUGACAUGACUUGCAUGGAUAUCCAUUAAAAGUAAAACAGGGGGUUGCUCGUUGGAUCUCACAUCCUGAAUAAAAUGCUCCAGAUAACUUAUAAAGUUGUCGGCAGUCAUCCAGCCACUAUCAUGUGCAACACCAACAAAUCCGGGAGGUAUGUUAUUCCUAAAAGAUGGCUGCAUCCUAACCCUCAGAUAUAUUAAAAAGGGUGGAACAAAUGAUCCAUUUGAAUUCAUGCAACAAACUGCAGUAACAUUAGUGCUUUAUGCUCAUGUAACUUUUACCACCCUAUGCUUCCUCUAGUAGUUAUUAUUUUUGGAGUUUUUGUUGCCACUGUAGAAACACCUGCCUCAUCCAAAUUGGAAAUUUGAUGUGGUUUUAAAGAGUGCUCCUUCAAUUUUCGAAGUGCUUCAAAAAAUAUAUUUAUGUUUUCUCUGUUAAAUGCCAUCAACCUUGCGCCAGAGGUAGCCUCAGGACAUCUUAGUGGAAAUUUAUAUUUGUCCAUAAACCAUUGUACAAAGUGUCUACUAGCCUGCUGCAGAAGUAGUUGCCAAAUGUACCGAUUUAUACUUGUAUUUAACGAUUCGUCAUCUUAUGCCCCUUUCCCUUACUCCAAAUCUAAAUUUUCCAAUUUUUCAACUCAUAAAGGUUGUCCGGGGCGAUAUGAGCCCUUAUGCGCUAUUCUAGAUAGUCCGAAACAUGUUCAAUUGGGUUUAGGUCUGGAGUAACUGCUGGUCAAUCUAAAACUUGAAUGCCAACCUUUUGAAGGUAUUCCAUUGUUAUUCUGACAAUGUGCAGGCGAUCGUUGUUUUGUAUAAGAACAGGAUUAUUUGUGCACCUGGGAUGUCCUGAAAUUGGCCUUCUAUGUAGCCGUCAGUUUCUGUAAACCUUCUUAAUACUCUGGAAACGCUGGAUUGGUUGAUUUCCAUAACAUAGACAAUUUAUUACUGAUUAAGGAUGGAGUGGGUGGGGGAAAAAUCCGCACUUUUAGUAUUUGCAAUAUUUUUUACCUUUUCCACUUCUAUAAUGUACUGAAAAUUGUCUAUACUUUUGGUUUGUUCAUACAAGUACCUUUAUAUAUGAGAAUAAGACGAAAUACUAAUUUUAAAAUAUUUCAGGUUAAUAUAUCUAAAUAUGGACAAAUAGGAUCUUUGCCCCAUUAAGUGGGGCAAAUAUCCAAACGGAUCUUUUUCCCUUUGCCCCUCUGAACAAAAAAAUGUUUAUGAAUAAAAUUUCACAAAUUCGUAAAAAACUGAAAAAGUUCUUUGGGAAAUUCAAAAAUAUAAUAUAAAAUCAAACUAAUGCAACGUCAAAUGGCUCAAACUGUAGAAAAACUACCAAAGUUUUUGACUCUUGCAGAACUACUUUAUAAUGAUUUAGAAAGUUCCCGAAUAAUGCCACAUUUAUUGACAUAAAACUCUUUCUCUGAAAAACGCAUUGUGUUAGGUGCCCAUUUGUAAAAAUUCCAUGAUGAAAACCAUCAUCUUCCGCUAUAAUAAUCCUAAUUACAUAAAAUCGAAAUGAGUCUUUUGUUUUACCAUAAACUUUUACUACAGCAAACUUCCCUGCACUCUUUGAUUUUGAAUCACUUUCGGAAAAAUUGAUGUCGCUGAUAUCACGAAAGGAUAUUAAGGAAUCUGAGUCAGAGGAGGAUUGAUUUUGAUUUUCCUUGAGUUUGCUUUCUUUCCAAAAACAUUUCUCACCGUUGUUUUAUUUUUUUAGUUAUUUAUAUCUUUUUUUCAGUUUCUUUGUUCUGCUAUUUCCAGUUGCUUCUCAUUGGGUGUUGAAGUAAGGAGAGUAGAUUUCAAUGACGAUAAUGUUACGGAAAACUGUUCAGGGUUUCCUUAUGAACAUCCAUCUUUGGGAAAUUCUGACGCAUUUGAAAUAUCAUCUUCACCUUGGAAAUGUUUAGCAUUGUCAAAUGGUUCUACUUCGUUAUCGCUCUGUGGUUGUGCGUCUUCUUCAAACACAAUUUUUCUAUGCAGGUCUUCAUCAUUGAUAUCGGCAUCAUAUUCUCUAUCUUCUAUUUCUCUUUCGUGCUCUGUAACCGAUGCAGGUAGAAAAUCAUCCUCAAAAAUAUUUUCAUCUAGGGAAUAUAUGCCAGUCGUCUUAAAUCCUUUUUGAUAGUAGCUGUUUUUUCGUAGGCUCGUUUGAAUAAUCUAGCGACGUGGUAUUCCGUCACUUCUUGUCCAGCGUUUGCUGUAGGCCAGUUAUCGCACAAAUCAUAGUAAUAAGCGUUAAUUGAGGUGGCUAAUAUAUGGUGAAAGACUAAGCAAAUGGACAUUGUUCGUUUUUGCGUCCGUAACGGGUUCCAGAUGAGAAAUGUGAUUAUCCAAUAUUAGCAGGACAGUAUUAUCAGGUGUAGGAUUCGUAUGCUUGCAAAACUGCUGCAAAUAAUCAAGGGCCAGAAUCUGUUACAGCUAAGGCAGAAGCAGUUGGCGCAUCCUUUAUUUAAAAAGAUGAUUUAGUCUUUUAGGUGAAAAAUGAAUAAUGCGUGAACAUGGUCCCAUAACACCCAUAGAACAUGUCACUGUUACAUUUUUCCCUGUUCAUCAGCUAGAUUUUUAGCUACUUCUUUUUUACUAGUGAGAGCUACAUGUUUGAGCAAUUUAUUUGAGACGGCCUGAAAACCACUUUUAUCCAUGUUGUAGAUUUUGUUGGGAGGGAAUUUAUAUUUUUUAAGGACAAUUUUCAUAUUUUGAAAAUAUUUUGAAUAUUGUAUCAACUGCUGCGGGUUGAAUCCCAUUGUUCUAGCUACACUAGUUUUUCGAAGGGUACGAAUGAAAGACGAUUUCGUUUCAUAAAUUGUCUAAUCUCUUCCAGACGAUUUUAUCUUUAAAAACGCAUGGCUAAUGCUUUACAAUUAUCUACAACUUGUUUCUCCUGUUCUUGACUAAAUACAGCUCGAAACCGGCACAAGGAAUCUACGCUACCAGCUUUAAGUCGCUUCCGAAUCGUUGAUUCAUCGUACCCAAGUGUCCUUCCUAUUUCCCUUAUUGACAUGCCUCUAUCCCACAAUUGCCGCCUAUCCUGUCUUAAAACAUCCUAAGUCAAAGGCUUCAGGCUUUCUUUUUUCUCUUGUAAGCCCUGAAAAAAAUUAUUGGUCAUUCGCAUAACAGAAAAAUAUUUUAUAAAAUUCACUACUCAAGAAGUAAAAAAAAUACACACACAUCAGAAAUGCGGAUUUUUACCCCAAAAUGAAUUUUUGGAUUUAGCAAGAGUCAAUGUAAAAAAAUAACCCUAUUCAAAUAUAUUUUUUGUGAAAUAUGUUCUCUAAGAUCCAUGCUUCUCAUAGUAAUUAAAAAAAAUUAGUAUCAAAUACCCUAGAGACAUUUAAGCUUUAUAUUUGAGAAAAUUAGAUUAUGGGUCUUUUGACUGUUACCAUGCUUAUACCCAAUACAGUUACUUACCCUUCAUAAGGCCAUCAUCAACCAACGUAAUGCUGGGCCACUAUCGAAAGUCCAAAAGCAGGCUGUUAUCUUUUAAUCGUCGCAUUAAUUUUCCCUUCAACUACAGUAAAAGGCCAGCAAUAUCUCGGUAAUUCAUUGUUUGUUGGGUAUUAUGCCCUUCUUAUCUUAAAAUUUACUCAGGUAAAAUGUUAUAUGUAAUGUAAUUUCGGAUUCUAAUAACCAUGGAUGAAAUACGUUGGUGAUGUAUUUCGCUUUUUUCCAACUUUAUAGGAACGUUGUCUGUUAUUUCUCUUAGGAUUCUUGAAUAUCUAAACACUAUUAUAGGUGGCAUCAUCUUACCAUCCACAUCCGUUGUAAGCUGUAAACCAUUCUUUCUCAUCACUGUUCACCUGCUGCAUCUUAUAUCCCCUAUUCAAACUAGUUGCUUUAGGGGAUCUUAAGGAUAGAUCCGGAUGUCAUUUUCUAAACUGAUAAUAAAAAUCGUAGCCAGCCAAUUUUUUCCCUCUGUACACCUAUCUUCUCCGCAAAUAUAUAUACCAUUUUUCUAAAGUCUCCAAUUGACAAUCCAAAAUACAGCUCAGAUAGUUUGAAACAGUAUUGUUUUAACAGAUUCCUCUUCCUCUUCAGUGUUUUGGAACGAACCAUCUGAAAGAACAAAAAAAUCUUAAAUAUUUAACAAAUUUUGUCAUGCUAAUACCCCAAGUAAAAAACACACUAUUGCGCCCUGUUCGUAUUUGAAAUAAAAUAUGUUCAAAAAAAUUAAAAUUAUAGAAGUACACCGGAUGUCAAAAAAAAAAAAUAUAAUAAAAGUACAAACCAACCAACUCCACCAAUUUUAAGAGUGAAAAGUAAUACUUACAAUUUUUUGACCACUUAUCGGUGAGAACUCAAAUAGAUCACGCCAACAAAAAAUUACUUUAAAAUAAAAUUAUACAGUUCAACUACGUAAUGAAGGAGAACUGACGAUCUCGACUAUGAUUGAAUCAUUUCAUAGUAAUGUUUCGCCAUCUGCCAUACUUUGUGAGAAACGGAUUAAAACGCUAUUGCCUCAUUCACGCUAUUACCCCAUCCUCCCCUACUAGUAGAUGACAUCAGAUAAAAAAAUGUCUACACUCUGGAUGAAAUGCUUUUUCAAAUGUAUAGAAAUGUUCGGUGCAAAUAGUUUUCAAAAACAAAUAUACACUAUGGUAGUUUCCAAGUUCAAAAUUUAAGCCAACAAAUGUACGUAGACAUAUUGGGAUUGUGAAUUAGUGGGGCAGAGAACUGCCUGUACAUAAAGAUAGAUGGCGCCUACUGUGCGCAGGUGCAAACAGGGGCCCUAUUCUCCAAGUUAAACGAUGUGAACAUUCCACUGUGGGAUAUGAAGUGUCCUAUCACCAAUUUGUUCUCUCGGUCAUCGUAUUCGGUAUUCUUGAAUCAUUCACAUCUCAUAGGUUCAUGGAGCACCGCUGCCAAAUUUAAGUUGUACUUUAGAACUAUUUUAGAAGACAUUUUACUUCAAUUUUUUAUUAUUUUUUGACAAUUGUAAUAACAGAUUAUAUUUUCCAUUAUUUUCUAUUAAAUCUUGUGCCAAAAAUUUACUUAGACGAACAUUUUGUAUGAAUAUUUGGUCAUUAAAGUCAAAAGGAUCCUCUUUUCUUAAAAAAAUUCUAUUUGGUCGAUUGGCAUCUUCUUGCGCUUCAGCUAGAUCAUUCAAAAUAUGAAUCUAAAUAAGAGCGUCGUCCAAAUCCAUUUUAAUAAAAAAAGUGACGUUUUGAUAGUGCACGACAAUGAUAGUUCUCCCAAUGUUCUCCCGAAAUGAUGCUCUUCUACUGGUUUUGACUAAGAGAAGUAUGUUCUCUCGAUUUUCAUGCGAAGUGAUUAUUCACUUCAAUUCGAGAAUACCAUUCACACACUUUUUAAGAGAACGGCUGUUGAGUUCGCUUGAAAUUAUCAUUCUCUCAACUGGAGAAUAGGCCCCCAGAUUAGUUGCAGCAUAAGAACUACAUAUUUUUUCCGUUAGAAUAUCAGAGUAUCAUCAACUAGUCCACUCUCAACGACUUGUGCCGUUACUUUAAACUUUUUUCUGUUUUUAAAAUUAUGCAAUACUUUUUGUGACUAGUGUAGUUUUUAAUUCUAAACAAUUCUACUUAAUAUAAUUUUUUAAUAUUGUCAAAUUUAUAUUUUGUGGCAUACAAAGAUUUUUUAUAAAGAGUAAUCUAAUAAUCGUAAAACCAGUAAUAACAAAGCUUUCAAUAUGACUCCAACUUAAGUUGACACACUGUAUAAUAUACAGAACAUAUUAUGUUCUGUUAUAUAAAAUGUAUUGUUGGUCUCCAACCGUUUAGGUAAUAUCGCUAGUAUUGUUUCGUCUUUAACAGUAUGGGACAAUCUAUUUUAUUAAAAAUUGGAUAUUAGAUAGGUAUGUUAAUGCUUUUAAAACGUUUUUAAUUCAUAUAAAAGACAGAUGAAAUUAAAAUUCUUGAUGGUAAGGACGUGUACGGAGUAAAAUCUUCAUACAAAAAAAAAACAAUUUUAUCGUAAUCAAUGUUAAUAUUGACUGAAAGCUAAUUUAUAACCAGUAUGUGUGCUUGCUUAGUAAAAGCUCGAAUUCAAAUUACUGGGACUUGUUAGUUUGCAACCAAAAAAUAAUUGAAUUCCGAUUCAAAUCACUUUUUAUAGAUAGACACGAGGGUUAUCCCUAAAAUAAGGUAUCUAUUUUUUUUUUUACAAAGACCAUUUAUUUGCGAUGAAUUAUACAUUGUUGGAAAGUCUGGUCUUUCUAGUAUUUUUCUACAUUUUUUUAAUUUGUAUUUAUUAGAUUACAUUUCGUUAGGAAAUAUAUCCUUCCCCUCCUCAACCUUUUCAGAUCUAUUGUGGAUAUCCUUUAAUCGUUGGUUAGAGUGCCUUGUCUAGUUUGGUCUUUUGUAAUAGACUCCAUAGACUAGGAAGUAGCUCUCCAGUGUAACUAGUUGUCCUUUAGUUUUCUUCUCCAAGUGUAAAGAAUCUCAGUCUUGAUAGACCUUUGCAGUAGCACAAUACACGUACUGUAGUUUUCUCCUCUUCCAGACAGAAUCGGUACAAGAUCGCUUCUGUCAGGCCGAUGUUAUACAUUAUAUAGUAUGUUUUCUAUUAUGGCUUAGUAGAUGCUGUAAUUAUACUAAAACUAGUCGUGUUCCACUAACCUAUUUUUUGGUGAUCUUAUCAACCUAAUCUACUUAUUUCCUAAAGAAUCCAGUGGUCUAAAAUUAGAUUUCCUCAAUAUACCUACAAACCCAACAUUUAGGUGAUUCGGUAAAUAAUGCCUUAUAUUCUGCUUUUUACUGACUAUACUAGCUAGUUCUUUUCGCAUGUCUGCAUUAUUCAGAAGAUGCAGAACUUCAUUGUUGACAUGUUCAUGCAGUCUUUCUUUAUGUUUUCCUGCACAUUUUUUUAUUUCUCUCGUUAUUGUAGGUAUGUUGAGAUCUAGUGAUAGGUCGCUUGGAAAAGUACACGGACAAGUCUGAAAAGUUGACUAGUCCAAACACCUUUUCAAGCGGAAAAGUGUAUUGCGCAUGCGCGACUUUAAAUUAACUAAUUUGUCGGAAUAAAAUAUAGUUUAAAAUAGAAGAAACAAAAAAUGAUAUGUUUUAACAAUGUUUUUGAAUUUUUGUUUCAUAUCUUAUUAUAAUAAACACGUGAAAAAAUACAAAAAAAAAACUGAAAGUUGGAAGUAUUUUACAAAUGCUUUGUCUAAAAAACGAUAAUACAAAUGCAAAUAUUGUUUCCAAAGUGCUUUUGAAAAAAAAAAUAGGAUGGAGAUUUAACUGUGUCUGUGCCCAAGGUCGAUUACUUUUCAUUGUGACUUUUCAUUACUUUUCACUACUUUUCCGGACAUGUCCAUCGAAGUGUCCAAAAAUUAGUUUUCAUGAAGAGUCCCAUCACUUUAUUUUGGAGAGUCUUAUUUCUACAUUGAUCUUCUUUGUACAGCCCCAUAGUAGAACCCGUAAAUCCAUACAUGCUUUAAUCCUUAUAUGUACAUCAGUACCUUAUUAUGUAUGGAUAAUUGGGAUUUUCUUCCUAUUAACCAAAAUAUUUUUUGUAGUGAUGGUACUUUUCAUGAAAAGUAAAUUUUGGACUAGUCCGACGGACAUAUCCGGAAACGUUGUGAAAAGUAGUCAACCUUGAAAAACUUAAUAGAAAGGUAUAACGUAUACUAGUCACUCUGGAAAUAAUAUUUCGUUCCGUUUUCUUUGAGUCUUUUGACCAAUUUCCCUGUGCAUUGAAGACAGUUAAAUGUUUCUCAAUCCUGGAUGCAUUAAAAAAAAACUUUGGGAACAAUAUUUGAAUUUGUAUUUUGGUUUUUUAUGCCAAACAUUUGUAAAAUACUUUCAAACUCUGUUUUUUUCUUCGUUAAUUUUUUUCACGUUUUUAUUUUAAUAAGAUAUGAAACGAAAAUUCGAUACAAGGUUAUGUUAUAACAUACAUAAGAAACAUGGUGUAAAAAAUAAAAGGUAGGAUAUCAAUUGUGUUAAAAAUAGGACGGACACGCGCAUGACGUCACGCGUAGAGUUUGUAUAGGUGCGAUUUUAAAAAUACUGAUGAAGUGUGAGAAAAUAUAUGUUAUUUACAGAAAUUUCAUUAGUAUUAAAGAGUCGUAUUUUAUAAAUUAGAUGAAAUAUCUAAGGAUAUUAUUAUGGAAAAAAACUAUGAAGGAAAAUAAUUGCAAAUACAUACAUAAAAGAAAUAUUUAUUUUAAGAAACAGUUUCCUUUUUCUUUUUAAUGAUUUAUUUUUGUUAUACAUAUUCGAAUGCAGGUUUUUAAUUUAAAAAACAUUCGACUUCUAAGGAAUAGUUUUUAUAAUCAGGAUAAUGAGAAAGGUAUAUUUACAGCUCGGAACUUCUCAACUGGGGACCCUGGGUAAAAAUUUCGCAUCUGGGGACGCCGGAAAUAUUUAACUGAUUAGGAUUCGCAACUAGUGACUCAUUUACCCGCAUAUUACCCAAUUGAAUUAUACUUAACUACUUAUUUUAUGGAAAAUAUACCAAAAAUAGUUAUUAAAAAAUAUUUUUUUAUGUAUAUAUAAUGCAGAACAUAAAGAUAACGUAACAAAUACAAAUAACUGCUACAUGGUGGGUUUAUAUGGAUUAAAAUAAAAUGUCACUGUAUUUUUCCUGGACAUAGUUACUAACAGGUUUUUAAUUCUUCAAUCAGUAUUGCCUUUAACAAUUCCCCUAAAAAAAUACUCAUGGAAUAUAACAAUUUUAAUACAGGAGGGACGUGGUUCCCUGGGACCUCCACAGGAGUCCCCCUUGGGCCACUUCUGACUAACUUUUUAGUGUCGAGGAAAGCAAAAAAACAACGUCCCCUUUAAAUACUUUGCUUUGAUUGUUACUGUUAGAUACGUAAAUUUUGUACUUCAUUUUGUUAAUAGUUUUCACUAAUAUCAUUUACAAAGAACAAAGUUUAUAACAUAAUAUAAUACAAAUAUCUGCCUAAAAUGUGUAUAAAUUACUAUAAACGACUAACAAACUACAGCAUCGUGUGUCUGUCAUAUGGUAUUUACUUCGCGCCAACUCUACGAAUGAUGUUAGGGCCGCCAUGACAUCAUGCGCAAUAUCCCCUCUGCAUAAGUAAUUUGUCAUUUCUUCUUUUUAAACUAUAUUUUACCUUUGUUCGUAAGCAAUUCAGCUAAUUAUUUAAUUUCAUGCUCAAUACACUUUUCCACUUUUGAAAAGUGUGUCAACUUUUCGAACUAAUUAGGCAUUCAAACGACCUGUCAAAAUGCUGACAAGUAAAAACUGACGUUUAGCUACGGCAACCCUGUGACCUGCUGUUAUUGACAGGGUCAAUGAUACAUAUAUUGUUCUAUAGAUUGCUAAAAGCGGGUCCUAUUGCGAGCGACCAUAUUACCUCUCAAGUGCUCAUUAAUCAGAAUCAGUCUAGCAAAAAUGUGUUUUGAAACUAAUUAUCAGCCUUUGAAUAUAGUAAAAAAAUAAUUACCUACAUUUUUACUUCAAUGCAUAAACAUAUUUAUUUUAGAAAACAUGGUUGAUCAAUCUAUAUCACUGUCUAUUUCGUUGACCCUUUCAAACCACUGGGCUUACAGGGUUGCCAUAAUGUUGAGAUAUCAUAACCUGUCAAAACCCACUGGUAGCCAUUUUGUUUGGAAUGCCUAAUACGUCGGACUUUGGACUUUAUCGAGCGACUAUUUAUUUCUACCUAUUUUAUAUUCAGCUACUUUUUUAUUUUUGUAUGUUCCUUCCACCUAAGCCUGACAUUUAUGUUCAAUUCUAGUUUUUUUUUGGGUCUUGAUCUUGCUUCAAGACGAUAUUUUGUCAGUUGCUUUUUGAAGUAUCAUUGUGGUUUCUUCAGUAGUGUACCCUUAUGCUAAUAUAGCAGUAUCAUCGCCAAAUGUGGCUAUAUUAGUAAGUCUAUUUUUGGUUUUUCAUUAUUGAAAAUUAAGUAAAAAACUGGUCUAGUACGCUUUCCUGUACGACCCCUGCCAUGAUUUCUCUUAUCGUGAAUACUGUUCUUGUUUGAUUUUAAAAGUUUUUCCAGUGUGUAUGAUUUCAUAAUUUCUACAAUCUGUUUGUGGAAAGUGUUUUGUUUUUUAUGUAACAAACCUUCAUACCACAGCUUGUCAAAAGCUUGAGUUAUGUCAUAGAAAAUCUCCUGUCAUAGUUUUUAUCUUCAAAAACCCUUUCUAUAUCUGUGAUUCUGGACACCCGAUCAAUUGUUAAAUGUUUUUCUCUGAAUCCGAACUGGUGUUCAGGAAUUAAAUAUUUUCUCUAUAAGAUCGGUUUCAUCCUUUUUAGUAGUAUUUUAAGAGAAUAGGUGAAAGUAAAAUGGGCAUAUAUGAAACUACUUCAUUUUCUGGUUUUCCUGGAUUUUGUUUCAUAAUUAUCUCGACCAUUUUCCAUAUGUCUGGCGUAUGUUUCAAGCGUAUUGCUGCAUUUAUUGAGUGUGUCAAUUUCACUAUUCCUUUCCUUGGGAUUUUUUUGAGUAAUGUCCCUGUUAUCAGGUCAAACCCCGGAGCAUUUUUGAAUAAAUAUUAUCCUUGAUCUCCUUAUCUAUUGUUUGUGGAGUUACAAGAGCUAUUUCUUCUGUAUCGUCUAUUUCAAAGUCCAAAUCAACUUCUUGUGAAUCAUUGUUGAAAUAUUUCUUUCAAGUGGUUAGCAAAAGCAUCCGCCUUUUGUGCGUUACUUUUCGCUCAUGUUCCAUUUCUGUUCUUAUUUGUGGUUUAUGCAUAGUUGGACCUUCUUAUUUUUUAGAAAUCGUUUGUUUCUUUCUCAGUGGUCAAUUCUAUAAAAUAUUUAUUAUUUUUUAUUUCCAUGUUUUCUCUUUUAUAUUUUUUGUGUUAGGUUAUACAGAAUGUUUUUAUCAGUUGGUAUUUUCUACAUGAAACCCGUUGUGAGAUAGUUUUAUGACAUGGGUAUGCGAAGAAUUCAACGGGUAUUAUGUAGAAAAAUAGAAGAAACUCCAAGCUUUCCAACAAUGUUUAAUGCAUUUCAAAUAAACGAGGUUUUCUUUGUAAAACAAAAUUGGAGAGGUUAUUUUAUGGACAACCCCACCUAUGUGCUUAUAUUUUCCUUAUGCUAAUAUUUGUUACAAAUUUGACAUCUGAAAGAAAAAAAGAUUUUUUUUAUCUCGUCUAAAUUUGUAAAGUUCAUUUCCCAAUUAUGAUCAAAUGAAAAUAAUUAUGAACAUUUG